AUGAAGGAGCUUUCUCUCUCAUUCCUGUCUUUUCUCUUGGCCCUUACUGCAGCUAGCGACCUCCCUCAGCUGAAAACAUGCGAGGAGCUGACACAAGUUCCAAUGUGCAAAGGACUGUACAACAGGACCAGUCUGCCUAACCCUCGGGGCCAUCAAACACAAGAAGAGGCUAACACAGAACUGGUAGAGUUCUCUCCCCUCGUCUCUUCAAACUGCACCCAGUACCUUCGCCAUUUUCUUUGCUCUUACUAUCUCCCUCUUUGCGAGGUCUAUCUCCCGCCAGAGCUAACUGUACCUCCUUGCAGGGAACUUUGUGUCCACGUCUACUUGAGUUGUAACGAGUUACUGGUCAAGUACAACAUGGAAUGGCCCCAGCAUCUCUCCUGUGAUCUCUUCCCAGCUAAAAGCAGCACCCCGUGGUGCUUUGGGCCUGACGACCCGCAAAUACUAGACCCCCAGGAUCCUGUAAUAUCAUCCAGCAUGAUGGUCUCAGCUAACUUGAGCCCAACUCAUACCCUCAGUCAUUCUCAGAGCAACACUCAAGAGGGUUCACACUCCACACAAUCUCAGUCACCCCAAACUCAUUCCCAUACUGCUCAUCAUCAGUCUCAGUCCAGCUCCAGUCGACCCAUCGGACCUACUCCCCCACCGUCAGUACCUCCAGUAUGUACGUCCAUACCUGAGGACAGCUUCUGUCAGGACGUUGGCUACACUAAAACCACAUUCCCAAACGCAAUGGGACAAGAAACCGCUGAUGAAGUGGAAUAUGAACUGAACAACUUUGCACUGUUAACUUACAUGCAGUGUUCUCCCAACAUCACUGAUCUCCUCUGUUACUAUUACAUGCCGGAGUGCAGAGAUGAACCACCUUACAUUAUCCAGCCAUGCAGGGAGCUGUGUGAAUCAGUCAAGGAUCAGUGCAGUCAGGCAUUGAAGAAAUACAACAUGGAGCUACCGACUAACAUAAACUGUGACAUCCUUCCAUCAUCCUCCUCUUCAAGGAGCUGUAGCAAUGGGGACACAAGGGACAACCCCACUGUCCGUGGGGAGACCGGGGGAGUGGGGAGUGGAUCAAGCAAGAAACUUGAUAUGUUAUUAUUAAUUACACUCGCACUCAUUUGCAUGAUCUGUGCUGUUCUUUAUUAA